AUGGAGCUUCCACCAGCGAAGCGGUUGCGCACGGAUCCGGACCAGAAGGCGGCCCUUGUGCAAAGGCUGCUGGCUGCAAAGGAGGGCAGCGGAAAGAGCUUUGAUGAGAUCGCUGCGGGUCUUGGACUGACGAAUGCUUACACAGCCAACCUCUUCUUCAAUCAGGCGCAGCUGAAGGCCCACUCAGUCAAGAAGCUCAAGGAGCUGGUGCCAAAGAUCUCCGAGGAAGAUCUCGCUGCCAUGCAGAGGCCGCCGAUGCGGAGCUUUGAUCCGGCAAUCCUACAGGAGCCCAAUGUUUAUCGCACCUACGAGGCGGUCACACACUAUGGGGAGGCGAUUAAGGCGUUGAUUAACGAGCAGUGCGGCGAUGGCAUUAUGAGCGCCAUUGACUUCUACUUGGAUGUUGGCACGACAACUGGGAAGAAGGGUGAGAAGCGAGUUGUGAUCACCAUGAAUGGCAAGUUCUUACCCCACGUGGAGCAGAUGGCUACCGACAACACGGAUGAGCCCUCAGUCUUUCAUUGCUUUGGUGGCAAGAUAACGAGCCGGGCUGAGAUCCGGCUCUGGCGUCUGCCUCAGGGCUUGGUCUGCCAAGGUGGAGCUGCCCCCAUGGACCGAACCGCCCGAGGAGGUGGCCAAACACUCCAAGGCUGGGAAGGGGCCAUGAACAUUUUCCAUGUUCUCUUGAUCCGCUUCGUUGCUUUGGGCGCUGCUGCUGCGGAGGAAGGGCGGCUGCUCCAGCACAUCGCGCUGCGGGUCUCGCUGGAAGAUGGCCGCGACAUGCCAAGAUCCAAGAACCGCCAAUCAUUUUCUUUUAUCGGUUGGGGCCGUUUCUCGCUUCGUGUAAACGUGGCAGAGUGUUGUGAGACCAUAGAAUCUAGGCCUUGGAGUGAAGCCGCACGGGUCGUGGAGGCUUGGGAUGCCGAGCUGUUCCUCUCCAAAGGUGCUGAUGACGAGCAGGCUGAAGGCCUCAGAAGCCUCAGCGACGAUAUCGUCUUCCUCCAUCUGACCAUGGCAUUCCUUUCCGACGAGUGCACGGUGCCUUUGUUGCUUCCGCCCAUGGGGACGGAGUCGAGUGCUGCAGCGCCAGCAGCACCCUUGUCAGCCGCUGUCUUCGGGGCUGGCCAUCCGGCUCACGCGUGGAGCUUCCUGGUCUGUGACUGUGCAGAGGCCGCUGCGCCCUCGGAGGCGCCGCGCCGACGAGGUGCCGUGACCCCACUCCAACGUUUCCUGGCAUCCGCAUGGUGCUCGCCAACGUUGGUGUGCGAAACAGCUUCCUGGCGCAUGGGUGGUCGGCGCGUGCUGCUGCCGUACACCGUUUACAAGGUCUACCGUCAGCUUCGCAGUCAGGAACUAGAUGGACUGCGUAAAGCCGCGCUGGAUUGCAUCGUCAUGCAGGCCAAUUCGCCGAUGGCGUCGCUUCGAAAGACAGCCAUGAGGGCGUUGAGCGACUUGGUGGACAUGGACAUCUCCGUGCUGAGCUUGAGGGCAGUGGAGGAAACCGUGGACAUGCGUCUGCGUGACGAGUCGUCCUGGGUACGGCAGGUGUCCUUGGAUCUGCUUGGACGCAUUCUAGAAGGCAGCCUGGCGGAGGCAGUUGGAUUGGCAGGGGCCAAGCGGACUAGCGCAGAGGGCAGUCAUGGAGGUCUCACCUUUGCUGAUGCCUGCCAGGUUCAGAUGCAAGCGCGCGGGAUAUGCUUCGGUUUCACAAGACCGUCCGAGGGCAGCUGCCUUGGAUCAGGGCUGCAUGAGGGUGCGGUAGACAGUCCCUGUGUGGUCACUGGCCUUCAUGGCAUCGCGGUUUCGAUGUGCGGCUUUGCUGCUGGCAGCGCUCUUCUGCUCUUUGCUGAGGCUUCGCUGGGCCUUUGUGCUGGCCAGCACGCCCUCGAAGAGGAUGACGGCGUCCUCGAUGGCACAUUCAAGGAGGUGGCGCAAAAUCUGAUUGACUCCAUGCCUUUGCCUGCAGACGAAAAGGAGGCUCACGAGGCCUAUCGAAUGGGCCUCUCUGCGCAGAGCGACGGAGAUCUGAAGGAAGCCGUGCGCUGGUAUGCCCGCGCACUGAAGAUGGAAAAUGAUCCUUUCGAGCGCGGCUACAUCCUCUACAACUUGGGCAUCGUUUUCGCGGAUAAUGGCGAGUUCUCGAAAGCAGCCAAGUACUACUUAAUGGCAGUGGACCAGAACUACCAGCUUUACUCUGCCUGGAAUAACCUGGGCGUCAUGUACCACGCCCAGGGAGUGAAGGCGGAAAGGGACUUGCGCUACGAGCGCGCGGAUGCCCUGUACGAGAAGGCCGCGGAGUACUGGAAUCGAGCCGCGAACCUGGCGCCGGGACAGUAUGCAGACGCUGAGCGCUGGUUGCUGGAAAACGGACGGGCGCAGGGCGAAUGGACCCUGGCUCGGCAGCGUGUGAACGACACGGCGGUUAUCGUACGGCGACAGGCCACCAAGAUUCUCAGCGCCUUUGUCCUGAACCACCCAGAUCAUCCGGACGUGGUGCCGGUUACGCUGGACCUCUUGAGGCGCUCUACAGACUCGGAGGCAUUGCGAAACCUUGUCCUGGGCACGUUCGAGCUCCUCUGGUUCAUGGAUGACGAGCCUACUCCGGAGGCCGCUCGGCAACUCUGCCGUGUGGUGGACGCAUCCCGGAGCAUGAUAGCCGCUGUGGGCGAUGUCUUACAAGAGCUGCUUCGGCGCUUUCGGAAGUCUAUUGGCUCCCGCAAGAACUCCAAAGGAUAUGAGUUCGCCAUCCGUCGAUGGACUACCUUGAUCCUCAAUGAGUUCGUGCGAACGAAGUGCGGGCAGGGCGGUGCAGAGACCCCAGCUGGCAAGAGAGUCAAGGGUGUGAAGGGCGAGCCGCAAGCAGCCGAAAGUGCCGAGGAGCUAUGGCUGAUGCGCCGAUCCCUUCUCUCCACCUUGGAGGCAUUCUCGGCGACGCAGCCCAAAGACUUGCUAGUUCACUUGCGGCCACUCACAAUCUACCUCGCACUGGAGGAUGACUCGCCGCCUGAGGACCAGUGGGUGGCCAUCAAGGUCUGUUGCAUCCUCGCCUCGGUUCUGCCGUAUGUGGCAGAGAGGCGUGGUCUCAUGGAUCAUCGGCAGGUUCAGGUGGACUUGCAGGCCUUGAUUCGGAGCCAGCCCUCUAGUGGAGUUCAUGAGGCCGUGCGAUGUCUCUGCCUCGUCGUCAAGUUUGUCACAGGUGACUUGGCUCAGAUCGUCUCCCACCUCAACGUGGCGGUGCCAUCGCUCGCACGCCUCUGCGCCAUGGCCGAGCAGAAGAACGCUGGCCUCGAGCGGAUCCAGCUGUUGUACAUGAGCCGUCAAGCUUGGGUGCUUGCAUCCAUCAUGGAGUGCCUAAACAUCGAUGACUAUGUUCAGAUCGAGGGUCUCAGCGCUGAGGAGCAGCCCAAGCGUCGCUUGCUGCCGCGGUCGGAUUUGAAGUUCGACUUUGUUGGCGACUCUGUGGCAUCGACUGUGCUGGAUCUCCUACUCAGGUUGAACGCUAUAGGCGAGCCGCAGCUGCGCGCAGUGGCCGCGUCUUGCAUUGGAUUCUUCCUGAAGGGCCACCGCGGCUUCACGAAGGAUCGGCGCGUGGUGGAGCUUCUGCACAGCGCCUUGAGCUCCAGCGACCUCCUCCUUUGCAGAAAAGCGCUGGAAACGCUUUCAGCACUCCUGAGCCACUUCCGUUCGGAGGCAGAUCGGGAAUCCAGGGCUGGCGCGACCGACUUUGCCGACAGCCGAGAUGGUCGUGUUGCUGGGUCACAAGGGUCACAAGGGUCGCAGAUUGUCCCAAAAACCGGUAAAUCGGGCACCACGAAGACCAACUCGGCCAUAGAAGCGGCUCAGCCCCUGGCCGCCUUUGCAGACGUGGUGCUUUCACACAUUACGCUGGCGGGCAGUGUCGGUCCCGCUGUGGGCCGGGAACCGUUGGAACGGUCCCCGAAAAAGGCGCGCUCAAAGCGAGGCCGCAGUGCGCCCUGUGAGGAGGAGGAGGCACCACUGCAACCGUCGCAGCCGGAGGCUGCGGAGAAGGCUGAAGGUGUUCUUCGAGUUCGUGUAGAGGCUCUGUCUGUGGUCCGACACCUCCAUCAGCAGGGCUUGGUGAAUCCAAUGACCGUAUUGCCCAAAGUCUUUGCUUUGACAUUUGCUGGAGAUCCUCGACUGUCAGAGCCGGCAACGGCCAUGCUGAAAGAGAUGCUGGAGCUGCGGCCUUCCCUGCUGCUCAACCGCCUGGAUGAGGCCUUCAGAGAGGCCUUCUUGGCGCUCCUGUCGGCGGCGACCACGCCGGUCCGGCUUGGCGAGGCCCUCGUCCCUCAGCAGCUCCUUGGACUGGGCGAUGUCUACAUGGAGCGCUUUCGGAAGCAGAAAACUUUGCGGGACACGUUUCUUCGGAAAGCAUUGCGCGAGCUGCAGCGGCUACAAACUACCCGCUCAGAGGAGCGGUUUGCAGAGCUGGCUGCCCUUGGAGUUGUUGGCGUGGAAGAUGCAGGCGGCUCCAGCGGCACGAGGAGAGGCGGUACAGGCCGCAUUCCGCUUCGGCAGCAGCAGCAACUUCUCUACGCCCAGUUCCUGGCCUCGGCAGUGACCUCCCUGCCAUUUUCCUUUGAGAAUGAGCCCCUACUCGUGAUUUUCGAAUGCAACCAUCACCUUGCCCUGCAUGCUGGGGCCUUGCUCGCGUCCAACGACGGAGCCGUGAAGGAGAAAGAAGCACUUACACCUGAGCAGGUCUUCAUGGAGGCGCUCUCCAUUGUCAGCUGCGUGGUCUUGAAAGCUGUGCUCAAGAGAGAGUACAACCUCUCUUCUGAGCAAUGUGCUACCUUCAACCCGAAGGAGCUGCGGCAGGAGCGGAUCAAGGCAUUUCCGACCGGAGGCUUCGGUCGUAGUGAAGACGGGCAGGUGCCUGCGCGCAAUCGUUUCCCUGCUGGCGAUUGGCUGGAGAAGAUCUGGCCGUUAGUGGAAAACUUCGGGCGCCCGGAAGAGAUCAUCUCGUACAUCCGGACGAUCACAGAUGCCGAUCCCUGGGACGACAGCAAAUCACGGCACGAGGCCAAGGUCGAUGUGCUGGAGGGCCGGCGGGGCCGCAAAGGCAAAGGGCUGAAGGCGACGAAGGCUGAUGCCUCAAAGGGGACAAAGGCUGCCAAGAUGAAAGAGACAAAGCCAUCUGCGGGCCGCGGACGUGGCCGCGGACGUGGCGAGCCGAAGGGGAAGCCGGCCAAAAAGAAGGGGAGGCGGAGGGGCGCUUACGACUCAGAAGAUGACUCCGACUGGGAGGAGCCAGGCGCUCCAAAGCGGCCGCGUGUGCAGGCGCAGGAGCCGGCUGAAGCCGACGAUGCCGCUGCGCAGGAAGAGUCUGAGGAGGAGCUGGAGGCAGAGGAUGCGGACUGA